GAAGUAAACUUAAUUUUUUUUUUUUUUCCAAACUAUCUACCUUGGAAAACAACUUCUUUCACUGGCUGGAUUGGAUGUGCUGGUGGGGACCUGGGACUUCUGAUGGUGAAUAGCUCCCUGGUUGACUGUUGCCUGACAUGUGACUGUCACCACGGGCUUGGCAAGGAGCCCAGGCAUGUUUCUAGCCUGAGCAGGGAUGGCUCGUGUCAGGGAGAAAGGGGAAACACCAGCAGGGAAGCUGCAUCGUGAGCCUGAACAACCUCUAAGUGCAAAAACAUCCGUGGGGUUGUUCUGAGAUUUUUUUAUUUUUUUUUGCAGAGGCAGCAGAACUUGCUGGCGGCCCUUAGUUGGGUCACCAAGGGGUCUGUGACACAGUGAGGGUUUCACACUGCAGUUCUUCACUUUUUAUGUGUUCUUCUUUCUAAACAAAACUCGUGGAGGGGCAGUUUUACGGCUGCUGAGGCCAGAGCUGCAGUGCUCUGAUCUCCCCCAGCACUGUCUGCUCAACCAGCAAGAGGGUUUGUCCCUUCUGAUAAAGUUUUGAAUUAAAAUUUGGAUUCUGGGAGGCCGAAAAUCAGAAUUUUUGGGGCCUCUCAAACUAGGGCAGCCUCGCAGAGCUGGAGGACCUGGUUGGACUGGCUCUUGGUGAUACAAUUUGUCCGUUUGUGUCCCAAGCUUUGGCUCUUUCAAGCCAUAGCCUUGCUUCAGGCUGGUUAGCUGGGAGUCCCAGGAAAAUGGGUAAUUGCUGGAGAGGAACAUGAAAGCAGGAUGAGAGGUGGGAAGAUCUUCUGGUGGAAGAUGCAGACUUAAUCUUCCUGGGAUCUUUGAGCUGAGUUAAACUCAAAUUAUAAGCUGGUGUCCAGGGAGUUUAUUUUAUGGUCUUGGGGGUUAUUUUAGCCUCCUGCUUGUUAAGUAAUCAAGCAGGUGAUUCAGCUUCCCUCUAAAUGAACAAAGCUUUGGAGGGACUGGUGGGUGUGCCAGGACUGAGCAGGCAGCAUUAAAAUCACCGGAGUAACACCCGUAAGAUGAAAGCUGCCUCUUGUGCUUGAUAGCAUGCCAAGCUCAGCACGAAGCUCUGACACACUGGAAAUUGUUAGGAUACACUUACUAGUUGGGACAUGAACUUGCAUACGCCUGGCUGGGGCUUUUGAGCAGUUCUGGCAUCUUGAUUUGCCUUUAAUGAAUCUUGACAGGCCGAAGGGGAUGGCUAAAAGGAGCGAGCCACCCUGAUUAAAUCCACUGGGACUGCUGCAGACUGUGCUGCUGCCUCCCUGUUUGGGGUCACUUUGGGGUCGGCUGGUCUUGGCUUGCUGGCUGGAACUGUGAGGGGAUGAAGGGGGCAGGGACCACCCCAAAAAAUGGGGUCAGGGAACCUCUCCCCUUCAGCGUGGGGAAGGCAGGGGAGAGCAGACACUGCACUGGAAGCAGAACAGCUCAUCAUGUGCAGUCAGAUCCCUCUAAUGCCAGGGAAUAAGUAAAGGAGAGCCACCCCUAGCUGCUGGUAGGACUCGGGAUGCUUUCCAAAGUGACCUAUUUCUAAUGGAUUAGCUUUUUAUUUCACUGUCUUGCACUGGAGUGACCCAUAUAAGCCCAGGGAGUGGAUCCUGCUGUCACCAGGCUGCUCCAAAAAUUCCUGCUUGCCUCUCACUGACUCUCUUUAUGUCUCAGGUUGUCCGUAGCCGCCUGGAGAAGAAAGGAAUCACAGUCCAUAACGUCAGGUUGAAUGGCUCAGCAGCCAGUCACGUUCUGCAUCAAGACAGUGGCUUGGGGUACAAAGACCUGGACCUCAUUUUUGGCGUGGACCUGAAGACAGAAGAUGUUUUCCAGCUCGUCAAAGACGUGGUCAUGGAUUGCCUGCUUGACUUCCUCCCCGAAGGCGUCAACAAGGACAAGAUCACCCCCAUGACUCUGAAGGAGGCCUACGUGCAGAAGCUGGUGAAGGUGUGCAACGAGACCGACCGCUGGAGCCUCAUCUCGCUCUCCAACAACAGCGGGAAGAACGUGGAGCUCAAAUUCGUGGACUCUCUCCGGCGGCAGUUCGAGUUCAGCGUGGACUCCUUCCAGAUCAUCCUGGACUCGCUGCUGCUGUUCGGGGAGUGCUCGGAGAACCCCAUGGCUGAGAACUUCCACCCCACGGUCACCGGGGAGAGCAUGUACGGGGACUUUGAGGAGGCCAUGGACCACCUGCGGAACAGGGUCAUCGCCACCAGGAACCCGGAGGAGAUCCGAGGCGGGGGGCUCCUGAAGUACUGCAACCUCUUGGUGAGGGGGUUUAAGCCCAAAUCGGAAGUGGAUAUGAAGGCACUACAGAGGUACAUGUGCUCCAGGUUUUUCAUAGACUUCUCUGACAUCGGCGAGCAGCUGAGGAAGCUGGAAUGUUACCUCCAGAGCCACUUUGUUGGGAUGGAGAGCAACAGAUAUGACUAUUUAAUGACCCUCCACAGGGUGGUCAAUGAGAGCACAGUCUGCCUCAUGGGACACGAGAGGAGGCAGACCCUGAACCUCAUUGCCAUGCUGGCUGUGAGGGUCCUGGCUGAGCAGAACAUCAUCCCCACUGUCACAAACGUUACCUGCUACUACCAGCCAGCCCCUUAUGUCAGUGAAAUAAACUUCAACUACUAUGUCACCCACGUGCAGCCCUUCCUGCCUUGCAAUCAGUCCUACCCAACGUGGCUUCCCUGUAACUGAGCCAGGACAAACGUCAGGGUCUGUCCUCCAAGGUAUUUCCUUGCCUUGGCGGGUUGGGAGGGUGGGAUGGGGGGGUAAAAAAAAACCAAAACCCACCAAAACAUAAAAAAAAACCACAAAAAAACCCAACCAACCUUCCUAGAACUGCAACAAAAGGAAACUUCCUGGACUCCUGCUUGAGUGUCUUGUUCCUUGGGGUUGUUGGAACAAGACCUGUCUGCUGUACACUGUGAUGGGAAGUGCAGUGUUAUAGAAAUGAGAUGACUCGGACGUUUAUGGGAAGACUUGCUCAUGGAAUUCUGGAAGGCAGUGGGGUGGGUGGGGGUGUGUGAGGGGAGACUGUAGAAUUACGCUAAGGUAGAGCUGCACUGCCCUGAAAUGGAUCUGAAUUGUGUUUUGUUUUGUUUUGGUUUUUUUUGGUUUUUUUUUUUUUUUUUUUUUUUAGUGCAGGAGGUGUUAUGGGUGUGCAAACUUGUGGUUUCUGCCAACAGAAGCCCGAGUGGCUAAAUUCCUUUGAAGGACCAAAGAAUCCUGUUUAAGUGCCUGUAACAAUAUAAACACAACUGUACUGUAAACCUUUAUUAUUUUUGCAGGGGCUGAUGUCCCAAGAGCUUGAGUGGGGAUUGUCUUGAAGAGGAAAAUGUUUCUGUUGUGGGGUGGGGAGGGUCGUAAGAUCAUUUCUAGUAACCUGGCUGAGGUUCCGUGUCGCUGAGGUUGUGUUUGUUUGUUUGUUUUUUUUUUGGCAUGACUUGCUGCCUGUGAAGGACCAGCUGGAGCAAAGAGCUGUCAAAGUGGGGCUGCAUAAACCAGGGAGGUAUUGGAAUGGCUACGUGUAAAUGCCUGAAACGGGGAACACUGGGGAAGGGGGGGAGUGCAUGGUGGAAAAUGCUGUGCAGAGCUUUCUGGAAAAAAAGGCAGCAGGGACCUGCAUAUGAAUUUCUUCAAGCUCCCAAGUCUGCAGUGCCAAAAUAUGGUUGUGUUCCUAGAUGAUGAGGCAGAUGAUCUGUCCAGGAGCCUGCCCCAGGCUGCUGGACCUAAUCCUGUAUUUUCUAGGGGAAUUUGAAAUGCUGCUCUUCGUAGGUUUUUUUUAUUGGUUUUUUGGGGUUUUUUUUUUGGCAUGCAGUGUGGUUUUAAUGCACAAAGCCAGAGGCCAGCUGGGUUAUCAGGAAAGAUGAGGCUUGUCCUUUUGAAGCACAAACCACUCAGUUCACUAGUCAGUUAUUUGAGCCUGUGUCCUCCAAGGAGAUGGGCAGAGCUCUUCCAGUCUGGAGAUCUUCCCUUGGGCAGGUCCUAUCUUCCAAAGCAGCCUGUUCCCAGCUAUGUGAUUCCAUCAGCAUUUGAAAUUCAUUCUCUAGCUAGAAAUGGAGCUUGGGGGGGUGGGGGUGAAGUUAGUUGGCCUUAGGAAAGGAAAAAAAAAAAAAAAGAAAAAAAAGUCUUCUUAACAGACCUUCUUGUGUCGUGAGGGUUUGGCUCUCUCAGUCCAACGUGGCUUUGAAGUUGUUGGGUGUCUGGAGCACAAAAGUUUUUUCAUGGAGGUGCCUGGAUUGCUGUGCCCGUGGAGCAUCUCAGAUUUAACUAUGCACGGAGGGAGAGGCGGGCAGGCAGCAGGCAUUCCCUAGGGAUGCUGCUCCGGGAACACCACGGCUUCAGUGGUGCUUCCUCCGAGGCUGAGGUACUCCAAGUAUCUUUACUAACUUGUUGGGGUUUUUUUGUUUUGUUUUGUUUUGGGUUUUUGGGGUUUUUUUGUGACAAAACUGUAAUAGCUGGGCAGAUUGAACGCUCUUAAUAAAGACUAGAUCCUUGGAAUGUGCAUAGCCAGAUUGGUACCUUUUUUGGGGUAGGGGCGAUGUGGAGUUGGGAGUAAGGGGUGUGGGGGGGUGGCUCUUGCGCUUAACAUGAACUAACCCAGCUGAAACUGGUCCAACUUUGCUCCCUCUCCAGACAGAGCUGAAGAAGUGUCACUAACAGUGUAGGUUUUUAGCUGCCUCCCUGCAGGACAGCUCUGCCUUCGUGGCCAGGGCUGUUGUGUCAGCUCUGCUGCAGCCCCAUAACUCCCCAGAGCCUCAGUGGUGGGAGCUUGAGAUUUUCCAGUGCAAGUUAAAACUGGCUUAAGGGCUGCCUGUGGGAGCAGAUGAUACUUUUUUCUUUCAUUUUAAACUUCAGAUGAACGUAGAUGCCAUGUAGCAUGUUUUCUCCAGGCUGCUCCUGCCCACAGACACGUAGACACUAAAUUGAGAUUCCCUCCUUCCCUCUGAGAUGCCCAGAAAGAUUCCCUACAGCCAACAGCUCAGCAGGGCGACUUCCCAUUGAGAUUGCACUUUUGAUAUACGGAGUGUGUGUGGUGGGACUCUUGUGAAUGGGUUGAAUCUGAAUUUUUCUAGACCUUGCAGUGAUACUGUGCUGCCUCUUGUGAGGGGGCAAUUGGAAGAUUCCAGUAGCUUGAAUGGCACUUGAUAUUUUUUUUUUUGUUUUGUUUUGUUUUAAAUGUCUUUUUUUUUCCUACACCUGUAUCACUUGUCAUGCAAUGGGCUUGACAUAGACUCACUAGAUUCUUUAGAAUCUGUUACGAAUAAAUACAGUGUAUUCAAA